GCGGGCGCUUCCGCCUCGCGGGCCUCGGCCCCGGAGCGAGCGGCCCCGCGAUGUGGCUAGGCCCGGAGGAGGUGCUGGUGGCCAACGCGCUGUGGGUGACGGAGCGGGCUAACCCCUUCUUCGUGCUGCAGCGGCGCCGCGGCCACGGCAAGGGCGGCGGCCUCACGGGUCUCCUCGUGGGCACCCUGGACGUGGUGCUGGACUCCAGUGCGCGCGUGGCCCCUUACCGCAUCCUGCACCAGACCCAGGAAUCGCAGGUCUACUGGACGGUGGCGUGCGGUUCUUCCCGCAAAGAGAUCACAAAGCACUGGGAAUGGCUGGAAAACAACUUGCUUCAGACACUGUCCAUCUUUGACAGUGAAGAGGAUAUCACCACGUUUGUUAAGGGCAAGAUCCACGGCAUCAUUGCAGAAGAGAACAAGAACCUGCAACCCCAAGGAGAUGAGGACCCUGGAAAGUUCAAGGAGGCCGAGCUGAAGAUGAGGAAGCAGUUCGGGAUGCCAGAGGGCGAGAAGCUGGUCAACUACUACUCCUGCAGCUUCUGGAAGGGCCGCGUGCCCCGGCAGGGCUGGCUCUACCUGACCGUCAACCACCUGUGCUUCUACUCCUUUCUGCUGGGGAAGGAAGUGAGCCUUGUGGUUCAGUGGGUGGAUGUCACUCGGCUAGAGAAGAAUGCCACCCUGCUCUUCCCCGAGAGCAUCCGCGUGGACACCCGGGACCGGGAGCUCUUCUUCUCCAUGUUCCUCAACAUCGGCGAGACCUUCAAGCUCAUGGAGCAGCUGGCCAACCUGGCCAUGCGGCAGCUGCUGGACAGCGAGGGCUUCCUGGAGGACAAGGCCCAGCCCAGACCCCUCCGGCCACACAGGAACAUCUCGGCUCUGAAGCGAGACCUGGAUGCCCGCGCCAAGAACGAGUGCUACAGGGCCACGUUCCGGCUGCCCCAGGACGAGCGGCUGGACGGCCACACGGGCUGCACCCUGUGGACGCCAUUCAACAAGCUGCAUAUCCCCGGGCAGAUGUUCAUCUCCAACAACUACAUCUGCUUUGCCAGCAAGGAGGAGGACGCCUGCCACCUCAUCAUCCCCCUGCGGGAGGUGACCAUUGUUGAAAAAGCAGACAGCUCCAGCGUCCUGCCCAGCCCCCUGUCCAUCAGCACCAAGAGCAAAAUGACCUUCCUGUUCGCCAACCUGAAAGAUCGGGACUUCUUAGUCCAGCGGAUCUCCGACUUCCUCCAGAAAACGCCAUCCAAGCAGCCAGGCAGCAGGAAAGCCAGUGUCGGGGACCCGGCCCCAGAGCCUCUCCCCGGCCCUCAGGAGGCGUCGGAGCUGCCCGCCAGCCCGUCCUCUCCCCUCCGCAGCCAGCCGAGCCUCGGGGCUCAGGAAGUGCCGACGGCUUCCCAGGGCCUGCUGAAAGUCUUCCAGAAGAGCUCGCCCAUGGAGGACCUGGGGGCCAAGGGGGCCAAGGAGAAGAUGAAGGAGGAGUCGUGGAACAUCCACUUCUUCGAGUACGGGCGCGGCAUGUGCAUGUACCGCACGGCCCGAACACGGGAGCUGGUCCUGAAGGGCAUCCCCGAGAGUCUCCGAGGAGAGCUGUGGCUCCUCUUCUCUGGGGCCUGGAACGAGAUGGUGACCCAUCCCGGCUACUACGCCGAGCUGGUGGAAAAGUCCACCGGCAAGUACACCCUGGCCACCGAGGAGAUCGAGCGCGACCUCCAUCGCUCCAUGCCCGAGCACCCCGCCUUCCAGAACGAGCUGGGCAUCGCCGCCCUCCGGCGGGUUCUGACUGCCUACGCCUUCCGAAACCCCACCAUCGGCUAUUGCCAGGCGAUGAACAUCGUGACGUCGGUGCUCCUGCUCUACGGCAGCGAGGAGGAGGCCUUCUGGCUGCUGGUGGCCCUGUGCGAGCGCAUGCUGCCCGACUACUACAACACCAGGGUGGUGGGAGCCCUGGUGGACCAAGGCAUCUUUGAAGAGCUCACCCGAGACCUCCUGCCCCGGCUGUCGGAGAAGAUGCAGGACCUGGGGGUGAUCGCCAGCAUCUCGCUGUCCUGGUUCCUCACCCUCUUCCUCAGCGUCAUGCCCUUCGAGAGCGCCGUGGUCAUCGUCGACUGCUUCUUCUACGAGGGCAUCAAGGUGAUCCUGCAGGUGGCCCUGGCCGUGCUGGACGCCAACAUGGAGCAGCUGCUGGGCUGCAGCGACGAGGGCGAGGCCAUGACUGUGCUGGGCAGGUACCUGGAUAACGUGGUGAACAAGCAGAGCAUUUCUCCUCCUAUCCCACACCUCCACGCCCUGCUGACCAGUGGAGACGACCCUCCUGCCCAAGUGGACAUCUUUGACCUCCUCAAAGUGUCCUAUGAGAAGUUCAGCAGCCUGCGGGCCGAUGACAUCGAGCAGAUGCGGUUUAAGCAGCGGCUGAAGGUGAUCCAGUCCUUGGAGGACACAGCCAAGAGGAGCGUGGUCCGAGCCAUACCCGGGGACAUCGGGUUCUCCAUCGAAGAGCUGGAGGACCUUUACAUGGUGUUUAAGGCCAAGCACAUGGCCAGCCAGUACUGGGGCAGCAGCCGCACGGCAGCGGUCCACCGCGACCCCAGCCUGCCCUACCUGGAGCAGUACAGGAUCGACGCCAGCCAGUUCCGAGAACUCUUUGCCAGCCUGACGCCCUGGGCCUGCGGCUCGCACACGCCUGUGCUGGCGGGGCGCAUGUUCCGGCUCCUGGACCAAAACAAGGACUCGCUGAUCAACUUCAAGGAAUUCGUGACGGGGAUGAGCGAGAUGUACCACGGCGACCUCACAGAGAAGCUCAAGGCGCUCUACAAGCUGCACCUGCCCCCAGCUCUGAGCCCCGAGGAGGCCGAGUCCGCCCUGGAGGCCACGCAUUACUUCACGGAGGACAGCUCCUCGGAGGUGUCUCCUCUGGCCUCAGAUCUGGAUCUUUUCCUGCCCUGGGAGGCUCAAGAGGCACCGCCCGGCGAGGAGCAGGAAGGCCGUGGGAAUGAGGAUGCCCAGGAGAAAAGAGGAGAGGAGAAGGGGACCAGCCCUCCGGACUACCGCCACUACCUGCGCGCGUGGGCCCGGGAGAAGGAGGCGCGGAGGGAGACCAUCAAGGAUCUUCCCAAGAUGAACCAGGAGCAGUUCAUCGAGCUGUGCAAGACCCUGUACACCAUGUUCAGCGAGGACCCGGCCGAGCAGGCGCUGUACCACGCCAUCGCCACGGUGGCCAGCCUCCUGCUCCGCAUCGGCGAGGUGGGCAAGCGCUUCUCCGCGGCCGCCCGCCCGCCGCCCCGCGCGGGGGAGGACGCCGAGCCCGAGCCCGCCGCCGGGGACCCGCAGGCCCGCGCCGGCGGCGACGCGCACGCGGGGAAGGCGGCCCCCGGGAGCCCGCCGGCGGGCGAGGGCGGGCGCGGCGAGGGCCGGGGCUCGCCGUCCCAGCCCGCGUCCCAGCCCGCCUCCGACGACGAGGCCAAAGACGACCUGUCCAUGUCGUCGUACUCGGUGGUGAGCGCGGGCUCCCUGCCCGGCGAGGACCCGGACCCGGACCCCGCCGGCGAGGACGCGGACGCGGACCCGGCCCGCAGCCCCGCCGCCCGCCCGCGCGCGCGCCCCGCGGGCACCGUGGACGCCGACUGGAGCAUCUCCUUCGAGCAGAUCCUGGCGUCCGUCCUGACGGAGGCGGCGCUCGUGGACUUCUUCGAGAAGAGGGCGGACAUCGCGCCCAAGAUCCGGGAGCAGAAGGCGGUGGAGCGGCCGUGCAGCGCCUCGAGCGAGCCCGAGCCGGCGGGGGGCGCGGGCUGAGCCCCGGCCCCGGCCCCCGAGGCCGAGGAGGCAGGGAGCAGAGCGCAGGGACCGGAUCCCCAGGCCUGCGACCCCGCUGCAGCCCCGCGCCCGGCCACAAGGGGCCGCAGCCAUGCCAGGCCGGGCUACAGAUGGGGGGCUCCCGAGUGACAGAACCUUCCAGGGGCUCUGGGGAGCCCGAGGGGGGAGGACGUGUCCGCCCCCCCCCCAGCUUCCUCCUCCCCGGCAACGCGGCAGGCGCACCCUCAGGUCCGAACCCUAACCCGUGCCCUUGUACCCCGUCAGUUGGCUAAAAACCACACUGUGCUCGAUGCCUUAAUAAACCCCCGAAGGACGGAACAAGCACACGGCGUGCGGUGCCUUCCUGUGGACCUCCGCGCCGUGCGGGCGUCCGCGCUGGGCCCCGCGGCGCCGGGGCUGCACCUGCUCCGUGUGACCGUCCAAAGGUGGAAUGUACACCCGUGUGACCGUCCGAAGGUGGAAUGUACACGCCUCACAUACGUUGUUUUCAAGUCUUAAGUCUGAUUCCCAGGGAAUGUCGAGUUGCGUGCCGAUCUCGAUGGCAAAGUUUUAUUUAUUUUAUUU